UGAAGUUUUUAAAUGUACUUUGUGAUUGAUCUUGUAAUUAGCUGAUUGCUGUAGAUUAUCUGAUUAUUACCAAAUGCCAUACCUGCAAUUUUUUGCGAAAAAAAUGAGCGAAGAGCUAAAAGCGAUAGUUGAAGAAAUGGCGAAAUGUCGACAUUCUUUCAUUGGCAAAGAGAUUUCUCAUGAAGAUGUGCUGAAAGUACUGGAAGCUGUUGGAAAUUUUGUUCGGGAUUACUUACUCCAAAAUAAUGUAGUUGUAAUUCCUGGUAUUGGAACUUUCGCCCUCAGUCGUCAAAAGCUUUUAAUUUCUCAUCUACCUAUAAAGUAUGUCAUCAAUCAAAAACCUGUGUUUCAAUUAGCUCAUGCGCUUGCUUUGAAAUUCCGACUCAAGUGGGCAAGAAUACAGUACGAAACUACCCUUCCGGAGAGAUGGCUCAAUCCAACCACCAUUGCUUUGGCCAACCAACUGGCGAGGUCUAAAGUAGUUUUGUCGAUGCAAGAAAUAGUGGCUUAUAUUGAGCAAAUGUUAGCCACCAAGCGUAACGUGACUAUACCAUUCUUAAGAGUAGGAACACUGAAAAUCGUAGGGGAAAAUUGGAGAAUGGAUUUCAAUCAUGAAUUCUUAAAUAAAGUGUCGCUGAAUGACGUAAUCCACGUGGCCUACGACUGAUGGUUAUUGUCAAAUUCUAAACCAAGCGACUUUAAAAAAACCGCUUUAACAGAUAUGGCACGAAUGGUUGUUUUUUGUAAAUAUCCCCUGUAUUCUAAAGCAUAUGAUUAUGAUUAACAAAAAUUGUAUCGCAUAAUUAUUUUUAAAAUAUAAAAAUGAUCGAAAGAUAAUAUGUUACCAAUAAUUAAAUUAAUUUUUAUGUAUCA